AUGACGCUGCCGGCCGCGAGCUGCUGGACCUUGGCACGUCGUACUCGACAGGAAUACACGUAUCGCAGACACAAAAGCAGUGGCUUCAAGCACCAGAAACGGGCAGGGUCGCUUAGCAGGGGUGCCGUCGCCAGCCUAAUCAAGGUGCACCAGCAUCAACAGCAGCGCUCAUCCAUCGACUCCAACCUGUUGUCGCCUUUCCUGUCCCGCGUCAACAGCGACUCUCUCUCACCUGCGAACCCUUCGGAGACGCCUGCCGGAUCCACCUCGACCCUGAGCAUCUACCAGUCCAGCGAUUUCUCUGACUUUGACGACGACCCUUUCUUCGGUGCCAACUUUACCAAUCCCGACGUCGGCACGCCAUCAUUCCUCGACGACCAGAGCGUAUGGGACCUCUCAGUCAACAAUACCCCACCAGUUGAGCCUCAGCAAGAGCACAAUGCCGACGACUCUUAUCCUCUAACCCCGGACCAAACUGCCUCUGUCCACACACUGUCGCCGCGAAGUGAAGAGAGAACGACUCUCACGCGACCCGAUCAGCAUCAGCUACCAAGCUCCAUCUCACCACAGGAACUCCAAAAGGCCUUCAAGCCCAACCCCCUCGUCAUCCCGGCGCCUCAGUUGACCCCAAGCCAGACCGACAGUGGACGAUCUAGCGAGGACGGCUUGGCCCCCGCUCCCGUCGAUAUGCGGUGUCAGAGCCCUCGUGUCACCAUCUCCGUCUGGGAUAAGGACAACAACGGACCUGUCCAUACUGUCGAGCGUUCUUUUGAAGACAGCCCCUCGACGGUACGUGGCGGUCUCGAGUCCGCAGGAGACUUGAUCACAUCUUCCGUAAGCCAUGGACAGAGCCAAGCUGCUGUCGCCACUAGAGAUUCUAUGGGCCAAUGGCGGCGUGACCCUGCCACCGGUCAUGCUGGCUUGGACCCAAAAAGGCGGCCUGGAGAGGAGAUUGCGAGCAUCAAUGAGAUAAUCAACCGCCGAGAGAUUGAAGAGAGGAACCAGGAAGUCGGCAAAUGGCUUACUGGCAACCUCGAUGAGACUAUCCCCCCAGACAAGCCAUCCCCCGGGGACAUCAGCGCUGCAGAAGAGCAGAGCCGUAACAGCAACGACGGCAUACCCCUUGGUGAUCAGACUGAGAACAAAUACAUUCCCGGCCAAACCUAUUAUUCCCCCAAUGGGGCUGGACAGAUGUCGGACGAGGACUAUGACAUUAUCUAUGCCAAUCGCGGGUGGGCUGAUGCUCCCAUUCUUCACUCCAUUAGAAGUGGUGGCCAGAGCCGCCAUCAACCCCAGAGCUCACAGGCUGCCAUUGACCGCUUUGAGAGAAUGUGCCGUGACAACGAUUCCAUCAUCUCCCGAGCCGCAACCUGGGGCACUCGUCGGCGUAGCUUGCCUAGCGUCGUCGACCUCGACCUCGACAUCGAGGGCGUCACCAGCGGUAACUUCUUGAAGAAGCUCUCCAUCAGUCGAGGUGGUGAUAAGAGCAACAGAUCCGGCAGUCUCCUGAAAGAUCUUCGCGGCCUCGUCCGGCGCCCCAGCGGUUCUCAUAUGCGCAAGCGCUCUCGCAGUAGACAAGGUGAGGCUCUAGUUGAGCAAGUAGAGCCUCCGCCAACCCAGAAUAAGCGUGACAGCAUGCCGCACCUGUCUCCCAUGUCGCGCACGUCCAGUUGGGGCAAGAAGCAUCAGACCCCCAGCAUCAAUACCGCUUUAGUCUCAAUGGGCCAGAACUUUGCUUCCAUUGGCACCACGCACUCACGCUCUGGAUCUAUCAGCACUAUCCCGUCCGCGCCCUCUAAAGGUCCCCUGUCCGGCCUCAGUGUCAGGAACUCUUUGAGGCGACCACGAAGCAAAUCAGACUUGCCCAAGCCAUCACCCUCCUCUUCUUCCAACAAUAACAACAACAACGAUGGUGCUCAUUCCAGCCUUGCUGACAUGUGGAGGAAAUCUGGUGGGCCACCUGUGGCGAUUCUCAGACAGCCUCCCGUCGAUCCAGACGAGGACGAUGACGACGAUGACGAUUUCUACGAAGAUAACGACAUGAAGAUGAACCCCAACAUUAUUGACGACAUCGCCCCCAACUUUGCCGGCUUUCAACAGCAUAUCCAGACCUUGAACCCCGGGCUACCGCCAGCCCAUAGCUACCUUGUAGAUCGCAUUGCCCACCAGCAAAUUAUUAGAUACAAGCAGCUGCUGAACAACAAAGUCAAACAUCUUGGCCUCGGCGCCAACUGCCCUUGCGGCUCUCUCUGCUUAGCACUGGGCGGCUCAGCCAAUGUUCUGAGCGGAAAGGGAGGAGAUAGCAACGGCAACAGGGGAUUGGACACCUUGUCGGCUCACUACGACGAUGACGACGAUGUCACGCCGACCGAAGGCGCCAUCAAUCAGGAAAGUUUCCCCACCGACAUCCCCAUGCCGCCUACUCAGCACCUACCGGCCGAGUUCGAAUGCCAAUUAUGCUAUCAGAAGAAGAGAUUCCUCAAGCCAUCCGACUGGACCAAGCACGUGCACGAAGACGUGCAACCCUUCACGUGCACGUGGGACAAGUGUCGGGAUCCCAAGAUCUUCAAGCGCAAGGCCGACUGGGUCCGUCAUGAAAACGAGGGCCAUCGCCAUUUGGAGUGGUGGACGUGCGAUGUCGAAGAUUGCCGGCACACAUGCUAUCGCCGCGACAAUUUCCUGCAGCACCUUGUUCGCGAGCACAAGUUCCAGGAGCCCAAGGUGAAGACCAAGGCAGCCAUGAAGAAGGCUGGUGCGAUUGAUCCGACGUGGCACAAGGUUGAGCAGUGUCAUGUGGAAACAAGCAAGCAGCCACACGAGGAAGCGUGCAGGUUCUGCGGCAAGGUCUUUCCGACGUGGAAGAAGUUGACUGUCCACCUGGCCAAGCAUAUGGAGCAAAUCUCGCUUCCUGUGUUGCGCUUGGUGGCCGCCAAGGCAAAGGAACUGGCUGCGGAUACCAUCAUCAGCCCGGUCCAGGAUCCUCCUCCACGACAUGACAUACCACUCAUGCAAGAACAGAAAUCACCUGCCGCCAUCCGGUAUCCAGACAACGGCCAGCAGCAACACCAGCUGUCCCCGGCGCCACCAAUGGCUCCUCCUCAGCAACAGCAGCAGGCAAUGCAGUAUGCGCAAACUCCAAACCAGUUCUAUCCCUUGAUGCCUCCGGGACAACCGUAUCAGCCGUUCUAUUCCCCUCCCCAAUUCGAAAGCAUAGGCCAAAGCCUGCACUCGACCCAGUCAAUGGCCCCUAGCCCACUAGCCUAUGACCCCGGCCGGCGGGUUCAGGACCUGCCCGUCACUUCGGCUCCGUAUGUGCAGGGGUCACAUCCGUAUGCCACCAUGACAAUGGCAAAUGAGGUGGAGCCAUUCCCACCCCUGAAUGCGCUUGGUCUGCAGAACAUGGCAUACGACAACAUGAUGGACCCUUCAAGUGUGCACGGCAGCCCGUUUAGCGGACAUGAAACAUUAUCGACUUAUUCCCAUUCUCCUCAUCAAGGCGCUAUUCAUCUAGAUACUACCAAGGGCUGGGAUGAUAGACAUUCGUCUGGGUAUUUUUGA